AUGUGGUUUCACACGAAAAUUGAUGACACGAUUCUUUUCGACUUUUGGACGGUAAAAACGGCUUGGGAAAUGAGCUAUUCGUGCGCAAUUUUGCUGGUCGCUUCGAUUCUCGUUGAAGUGGUGAAGUGGUUGAGAUGGAGAGUUGAAAAGCAAUGGGAGGGAUCGCUACCGACCAGCUAUGCUCAACGACUCUUUCAUCCAUCUCAUUUAAUACAAGUGCUGCUCUUCCUUGUGCAAAUCGUCUUAAGCUACAUGUUGAUGUUAGCUUUUAUGACUUUCUCGGUGUGGAUUGGAUUGGCCAUUGCGAUUGGCUCUGGAAUCGGUUACUACUUGUUCGGGAGUCGUCCCAUUCCCCAGUCACCGCAUGGCCAAAGGGAAGCCGCCGAGGAGGAGUGCUGUGGA